AUGGCCUCGAAGCUCGAAAUCCCAAUGAUUAAUCUCUCUGAUGGAUAUCUGAUGCCUGGUAUUGGUAUCGGGCGAGUAGUGCUUGUUUGGGGGACUUCUGAGCUCAUCUACUGUGAAGAUGCUGGAUGGGCGAACCAGGUGGCCACGAAGAAACACAUCGAUACCGCUGCGUAUUAUGGAAACGAGGGGGCUGUUGGAGAGGCUAUUCGAGAAUCUGGAGUGCAUCGACCAAGCAUCUUUGUCACAACCAAACUCCCGGGGUCGGGUCAUGGCAACGUUAUGGAGGCCUUUAACAAAAGCCUUACGGCCUUGGGAUUGGAUUAUAUUGACCUCUACCUGAUGCACUGGCCUAUGGCGAACGAUCCUCAGACCGGUCGUGCAUUGAAACCAGAGGAAAAUCCGACAUUUGUUGAGACAUGGAAGACGAUGGAGGGCCUCCUGGAGACCGGCAAAGUAAAGUCUAUUGGAGUCUCCAACUUUAGCAUCAAGAAUCUGGAGAUCCUCUUCUCAAAGACCAACCUAAUACCGUCUGUAAACCAGAUCGAAAUACAUCCUUGCUUGCCAAAUUUUGAGCUUGUUGAGUAUUGCAAGCAGAAGGGUAUUGCCGUUACUGGUUACACGCCCAUGGGUCGGCCCGGUGCCCCGUUCUACACCGAUCCUUUAUUCCUUUCUAUUGCUCAGGAGCAUAAUAUUACUGUCGGACAAGUCUUGCUGGCCUGGCAGGUCCAGCGAGGUAUUGCUCCGCUUCCGAAGAGUAGUAAUGAAGAAAGAUCUAAGCAGAAUAUCACGCUCACCAAGCUCUCCGACCGCGCCAUGUCGCAAAUUAACGAAUUCCACAAACAGCCAGGGAUGCACCGUACAUUAUGCUUUGCCAACUCGGUGAAAAAUGGUGGAGUGUUUGGCUGGACGUUUGAGGAACUCGGCUGGGACCUGGACGAGCGAGGAUACGGGCUGCCGAAGUGA